CUGACCCUCCGGGAGCUGCCUUGCACUCUGCUGAUGCGCACCGAGCCUCUGUGCUCAGUGCAUGUGGCGGAAAAGGUGUGGACGUACAGAAAUCGCAGGUAAAUGUGUCAAGAGAGCUUCCUCGCAGUUUGGUUUUUUUUUUUAGCGUGUGUUUUAGUUUUCAUUUACUGCGAUGUUUGAAAGGUGAUAGGAUUUCCCCUCCAAACAUAUUGCUAUAUUUUAUCGUGGACUCAACACCGGAAGAGAGAUGAAGUGAGCAGUGGACACACUGUGUGGUGGGUGUCGCGGGCGUUAAGAAACUACAGUCUGCUGUGCUUCGAAGGGGAGCUCCUCUAGCUACCGGGUUCUAGGUUGGCAGACGUCGUCUUCCGACACCUGAAAUGCUUUUUACGGGCUUUUGCUUGGGUGGUUCGAUGUGAAGUGCACGGAAGGCCCUCUUCUUGUUUCUUGGCACGUCACGUGUGUUGUUUCUUCCUCCGGGUUCCGGAAAGCUUUCUCUGUGAUUUUCUGUGCUUUGAACACGCCUCGGUAGAGGUGGUUUUGUGUGUGUGUAUUUGUUUGUUUCGGGGGUUGUGCCCGUCCUGUUCUCUAAGCUUCCCGAGUCUCCACAGCGAUGUCUGUCGGGACCGCUGGAAAGCCCUUAGCCAGUAUGGUUUCAGGGAUGCUUCCGUGCCAUCCCUCCUCCUCCUUUUGGUCUUUCGGGGAGCUGGGUGUUACCGAAAAGAAGCUCGUGCCACGGUUCUUGGACAUUCUGUUCUGUUUUCUUGUUGUGUUUGUCUUGGCGUUUCAGGCAAGGAGAGUUCUACCGACCCGUCUUCAAGCUCGCGGAGUCUUUCUGCAGCUGUGUCGAGGGCAGUGGUGACCCACCCGACACAUUCCUCAUUUUCAUCAAAAAAGACGUGGUUUUUGAGUUUGAGCCCCGCGUCGGGCUCUGUGCUGACGCCUCAGAGCCUGGAGCCUGUUUCGGAUUCUGUGUCUCCCUCUCUCUGACCCUCCCCCCUUCAUGCUCUGUCUCUCUCUGUCUCAAAAAUAAGUAAACAUUAAAAAAUUUUUUUUUUAAAAGACGUGGUUUUGCUUCCUAGCAUUCCCAUGUGACGCUCAGAGUUUUCCUUCCUAAGCUCACGUUGCGUAUCUGUUCUCACGUGUGGUCUGCCUUCUCCACCGGCGCUCUUAGUGUCCUGGUCCUGUCAUUUCACAUCCCCUCUCUGACGAAGGUGACUUGUCCGUCACCUGUGUCACAUCCUCGUGCUGGCUUUUCCUCUGCGGAUGGUUUAUCUUGGCUCCGGGCAUGCCUUGUGUGUCCGGCUGCCAGUUGGUCGUGUAUUGUGGGUUGAGAGGAAGCGCGGUAAGUAGGCCCUGAGCGCGAGCACUCACGUUACGGGGCCCCGGGGCCUGGACUCUGUGCCCAGUUUGCCGUAGCUGUCGUCGCCUUAGGUCGUACACUCUCGGUGUCCUUGUUUUCGUCUCCCGCUUUAGCUUCGAAUCUUUCUCACGCGUUGCUCCUUGGAGGGAGGGCGUGUUGUGUGGCACUGUCGGCUGUUACCCACUCAGAGAAAGAAAGGGCUCGGAGACGAAGUGCUGGGGGCUGGAUGGAGACCCUUGUGCGCUCGGGAGACCGCCCCCCCCCCCCCCCCAGCCCGGGGACGGCUCUUCCUGCUCUGGCACUCAGCCUCCAGCCCUCUGUCAAAAUCACAGUGAAGGGCUCCCACCGGCUCGUGGUUCCCGCAGCUUCUGCUCCAGGUGAGCAUAUUUAGGGUUGCCUCGCGGGGCACCCCUGGCUCGCCAGACUUGGGAGCGCCAGUUCUGUGACCUCAGUGCUCUGACGGGCGCAAGACGUGUUGUUGAUUUUCGGUGUGGCCAGUGUUUGCUUUGGGGAAUGAUGGUUCUUUAUCUAUAGGACUGGAUACUUCUGCUCUCCUCUGUCUGAUCUGAUGAGGCAGAAAUGACGCAACUAAAACCGGGCCACGAAGGGAGAGGACAGGAGCACGGGCUCACUGCGUCGGAAGCGGUCCGUUGUGAAGCAGGGUGAUGGGUGGGAAGGAUGGGGUGCCGUUGAAAAGUGACAACCCGGGGAGCAAAUAUUACACGACAAAACUUGGAGAAAGAAAGUUGAAAGUUGUUUCAAGAGAUGUAAGUAUAGGGGCGCCAGGGUGGCUCAGUGGGUUAAGCAUCCGACUUCGGCUCGGGUCGUGAUCUCACGGUUUGUGAGUUCGGGCCCCACGUCAGACUCUGUGCUGACAGCCCGGAGCCUGGAGCCUGCUUCGGAAUCUGCGUCUCCCUCUCUCUCUGCUCUUCCCCGCUCGUGCCCUGUCUCGCUCUCUCUCCAUCAAAGAUAAAUAAACGUUAAAGAAAAGAGAGAGAUGUAAGGAUGAAGGUAAAACUCAAACAAACAUACAAAAUGGGGCCACCGAGAGAAACCUUAAAAAGAAGCGCGGACGCGUCACGUAAAGAAACGACCAACUGCGUGUAUAACGAUCGACAUACCUAAUAAUCGUCGCGCAGAGAGCGUCUCGGAGGGCGUUGAAGCCGAACACACCAGUCCCUUCAGGCCAGGCACCACGGAAACGAUGAUUCUCUUCGCUUUGCUCCUGGUCACGGGCCUGCCGCGGGUGGAGACAAACGUCACCGUGUCUGGAAAACAAGCUGCAACCCUGAAGUGUCACGUCUGCGAGAUAGAGAAUAGUUUCGGUUGCACAAAUCCAUCAAACUGUCCUAGGGAUUUUCACUUUUGUAUUUCCGUUGCCGUGAGACUCUAUCCGCGUUUCUUCUAUGUUUCGAAGCAGUGCUCCAGGAAUUGUCCAGUAAGUGCUCCGUUUGCUCCGGGACUCAAGUCCUUUGUCCUCGUCGAGCCUAUGCCCUUCCUGUACGCGCACUGCUGUUCGGAGUUCUUGUGCAAUACGCAGGAGCCGAACAUCCGCGAGCCGGAAUUCAGAGAAGGCGGACGAGCAAGCCGCCUGAGGAGCAGCGGGGCCUGGCUGGCCGCCUUCCUGACUCUGUCCUCUGUGUGAGGGGCCUCGGGCGGUGCCUUGGGAGCGCGGCACCGAUGACCCGGACUCUCCGCAGGUGCUGGGAACCGCAGCAUUAAACCUGUUUUCCGCUGGUUAA